AUGAUCGAAGUGAUUGACUUCUAUGGAACCUUGGGAUCAACAGAGAUUCCGGGAGUACCCAAGCUUGACCCUAGACGAUUGGUGGAUGGGGAUAGAGCGGUCGAGAUCUACAAGCCCUUACCAACAACAUCACUUGGCCAUGAGUUUGAGUUCCGCUCCAAGGUGAUUGGGGUGUAUGACAAAGGAAACUCAGGAACUGUAGUCCGGUCCGAAGACUGCUUGAUAGAUGCUAAAUCUGGGGAGCAGUAUGCAAAGAUUAUCGGCAGUUUGUUUUACGUUGGACAAGGAAACUGGGGUGGACCAAGAGGGCCAAGGUCUAACAAAAAGGCUGUGCCUGAUCGACAUGCCGAUCUGACUUUUGAGGUGGAAAUUGGACAAGAAAGCUCCCACUUGUAUAGGUAA